CAUGAAGGUGCCGUCGCACUUCUGUUCGUCCCUGGGGCUGCGAGCAUGCUGAUCUGGGAUCUAGCAUCUUCCACUGCGUAGUUGGACUGUUCAAGUGGACCUAAUCGGAGUCAGCCUUCUGUUCCGUAUUGUACCAGUUAGCACGUCUUAAAGUAGUGUUAUGUACCAUGUCCGUGGCUCAUAGCGAUCCGAACGAGCGAGAUAUUCACACUUCCGAAAAUGUUACAACUUACCCAACGUUUGCUUCCAUGGGACUGAAGAUGGAACUUUUGAAAGGCAUUUACAAAUUCGCCGUCACUUAUUCAACAGAAGGCAAUCCGACCUAUCGUGGACGGUCGGGACGUGAUUGCACAGUAAGGUUGUGUACUUUUUCAGUGCUGUUGUGGUUUGCUUUCAGGGCUCAAAGUGGUACAGGAAAGACUGCAACGUUCAGCAUCGGGACGCUGCAGAAUGUGCGCUGCGAAGUCCGAAAACUUCAAGUUUUGGUUCUCUCCCCAACCCGUGAGCUCGCAAACCAAACACAUCAGGUUAUAUCCUCGCUAUCCGACUACCUUCCCAUACGUUGUGUUGCGUGUUGUGGAGGACGGAGUAAUGUAACCCAGAUGGUCCGUGAACUGUCAAACGGUGCUCACAUUGUCGUAGGCACACCCGGUCGCGUUCUUGAUCUGAUCCGACAAGGCAGUCUACGUCUUGAUUCGGUACGUUCCUUGGUGCUUGAUGAAGCGGACGAAAUGCUGAAUCGUGGGCUUCGUACACAACUAGAAGAGAUCUACCGGCGCCUGCCGUUCAGCAACGGUGACAUUCAGACUUCCAAUGCACCAUCCACUCAAGUGGUCAUCAUCUCCGCGACAAUGCCACAUGAACAGUUGGAAGUGUUUUAUCGCUUCACUAAAAAUCCUGUGCAAGUACUCGUUCCAAGGGACGAGCUCACUCUGGCCGGAUUACAUCAAUUUUACAUCGAUGUUGGAAGUGAGGAAUGGAAGUUCGAGGCGCUGGGGGAUCUGUUUGCCAGCGUCUGUGUCCCACAAACUGUCGUAUUUGUCAACACAAGGCGCAAGGCUGAUUGGCUGAGCACCCAGCUGCGACGAGACAGUUACACCGUAGAAACCGCUCAUGGGGAUUUGGACCAAGCGUUGCGCGAAACUGUCAUGGAGCGCUUCCGGUCUGGUACAAGUCGAAUCCUCGUAUGUAGUGACAUUUGGGCCCGGGGUAUCGACGUCCAAAAUGUGGGUCUGGUUGUCAACUACGACUUGCCCGCCACCCCCAGUGACUACUUACAUCGUAUUGGACGCUCCGGUCGAUUCGGACGUCGUGGACUAGCUGUGAGCUUCGUAGCUGGUGCCGACGAUCGCCGCAAGCUCGAUAGCAUUGCACGUCAAUAUCGGAUUGCCAUACCACCAGCACCGGCUGCUCUUGACAAAAUGCUCACCUGGUCAGAAUCACCGAUGUCCGUGGAUCCUGCUCCGACCAGUUUGUCUGCUCAGGAACUGAAAAGUGUCGCACAAUUGGUUAAGGCCAAAGGAAGGAAAAGAAAACGACCGAAGAAGAAGAAGAAAGAGAAAAUAUCGUCCCAAUGAAGUACCAAUUUUAAUUUCUUCAUCCUGUACAGUUAUCAUUCUUUUAACAAUGACCAUCUGAAUCAAACGCUGCCUUUUAGUUUCCGCUUUGUUGCGAAUAGUAGAGUGGAGCAGGCGAUUGACGAAUCCCACGUCACACUUUCCCCAGAUUGGCAAUGGUUUAUUUGCUAUUUCUGGAAAUCCUAAUUGACAUUGGUUUGACUGAAGUAAUGGUUUCGAAGGCAUACCUCGAUGGGUAACUGUGUCAAUCUGUCCCCUGUGAAAUGGUUGUGUUCUUGGGCAGUCCAAAUUUACGAUAA